AACGUCUUUGCAACUUAAAUAUCUUCUUAAUUCAAACCACCACAAGAGAGAGAUAGAAAAAGAAUAUAGAAAGAAAAUGUGUAAAGGUGUGAACGAAGAAGAGCACAGAAGCGUCCACGGAGGUUGCCGGAGUAUCUGCACGAGACCGAGUGUUCCGGUUAGGUGUGAACUUUGUGGCGGUGACGCUUCCGUGUUUUGCGAGGCUGACUCAGCUUUUCUCUGUAGAAAAUGCGACCGGUGGGUUCACGGAGCUAAUUUUCUUGCUUGGAGACACGUGAGACGCGUGCUAUGCACUGCAUGUUAUAAAAUCACGCGCCGAUGCCUCGUCGGAGAUAACUAUCACGUUAUUUUACCGCCGGCGACAGCAGGAGAAGCCACUGUGGAGGAUAUAACUAUACGGAGUGAACAAGAUCGUUGUAAUAACGAGGUUCCGUUUGUGUUUCUCUGAUCUAGUCUUCUUUGGUGUAAGAUAUUAAUUCCUAGUUAGCAAAAGAAAAUAUAUUAAUUCCAAGGAUUUU